GGCGCCUCCGGGUGGCGGCUGCGCGGAGCCUACUGCGUUGGCCGUGGGUGUCGUAGAUAUUCCUGCUCCUCGCUUGCCCAAGCAGAUCUCUCUUUCUCUUUUUCUGCCACUCCAGCAAGCGUCAAACCCUCUGAAAAAAAUGCCUCCGCAUCUCGCUCCUGUGGAAGUUGGCGGCUUCAGUGGAGUCUCCUACUGCAGGCCUGCUCCUUCCAGAACCUCAAGUAAAAGAAAGAAGUGCUCCACAGAUGAAGAAAUUGUCACGGUAACUACUGGUUUUUUUAACCACUUAACCUAUUUUCUGGCUGCUGGUGCUGUUACUUUGGGAAUUGGUUUCUUUGCUUUGGCAUCAGCUCUGUGGUUCCUGAUUUGCAGACGAAGAGAAAUAUUUCAGAAUUCCAAUUAUAAAGUAACUAAUGGGAGAUGCAGGCCAGGACCAUCAAAGGCAAAGAUUAAAUCUCAUUCUCCGUGUGUUUUUAUUUCUCGAAAUUUUCAUACUGGAAGAUUCCAGUUACAGGAGGAGCAAAGGAAAAAGGAAACAGCACAUGUGAAAGCAAUUAAAGAUCACUCUAAAGAUGAAUUCUGCCUUGCAACAAAAAAGGUCAUUUGUGACCCCUCAGAGACUAGCUUGGCAACAAAUCCCAGCAGUGUUACCUUAAGCUUAUCAACGUUACCAUCUGAUUCUUAUUACAGCCAAAGUGUAGAAGUAGCUGAUGACUGGUUUUCUGAUGAUUCUCUAGCGAAAAAGAACUCUCCAAUGCCUUUUCUCGGGGAGCCUCUAAUGGAAAAAGUAUUUUUGUACCUGUCAACCAUUCCAUUAGAAGAAUGUACUGAAAAUGUACUAAAUAUGACCCUGUAUGAUGAUCAGAAAGAUGACAACAUUAAGGAAAUAUUUACACCAAGAAAUACAGAGGUUGAAAUACAAAACCUUCAACAUAAUAUUGAAUGACUUUUUUCUUUUGAAACUUUGUAUACACUGAAAUCAUGUACAGUUAAAACUGAAAUACCAGCUUCUGAGUCUCUUAACAUG